GGAAUGUGAACUAUGCAGUAAGAGUCCAACUUUGUACUGCAUUCUCAAUCUGCCUACAGUGGCAGGAAAAUGGAGCCUCGUUUUAUCGUAUUUACCAGGGCCCUCCCACACAAAUAACUUCAAAUUCGCGCGACACGAUCAGUAAACACAACUAGGACACGAAGUUUCCGAAGAAGGAGUCUUUUUUUGGGAUUUUACCCUCGAAUCAAAGUUACUCGGGUCGCCUUUUUCACAUGGCCCAGCAUGGCAGCCCGGUGGCCAGGCUGCCGAAGUCUCCACGCCACCCUCUAGCCUCUGAGAGUCACUGCGAACGUCAGCCCUGAGCAGUGCAUCAUGGGAAGCCUGUAGUCCCAGACCAGCACCAGUGGAGCAGGGGAUUGAGGAGAAAAGGACUCUAGUUUAACUCCAGAUACGCAUGGAUACAGCCAGGAGAAAGGGGGAAGAGUCAACAGUGAAAGUAGCCCUCUAAUGUAGAAAGCUUACAUAGCCAAGGUCCUCAAGCACUAACAGACCGACACAAGGUGGCAGUGCAGUUCACGGCCUCCGGCCAACUCGCCACAGCCCAAGCCAAGACGCCUCGGACCCUACUCUACUUGCCAUAGUCCCUAGUUGCGGACCCUAUCCAACUAGCUGCCGCCCAUAGGUAAAUAGCCAACUAGCUGUGGUCUGUAGCCAACGAGCCAUAACCCCUAACCAACUAGCUAGCCGAGGUCCCUAACCGAUUGGCCAACUGCGGCGUCAAGCAGCGAGUAGGGGGCGCCAUGCGGCCCAAGACGUUUCCAGCAGCACCGUACGUGGGCAACACGCGGCAGCGACUGCAGGAGAUCAAGGAAGGUCUGAAGCAGCCGGCGAAGCUAGUGAGCCAGGCACUGCACGGGGGCAGCUCACGGUCAGACGGCCAGGGGAAGGACACUGCCAGCAGGCAGCAGCAGCUACGGCCCCCCCAGAAGUUCAACAACUACCAGAAUGCACUGCGAGAGAUCCGCAAGUCGCUUAUGCCCUUCGCCAACGACUCUGGGCCCUCGUCGGGGUCAGGCCCCGCCCCCUCUGGCUCUGGCGAUGUCAACCGACAGAUGUUGCAGGACCUGGUGAACGCUGGCUGUGACCAGGAGAUGGCGGUGCGUGCUCUGAAGCAAACGGGCAGCAGGAACAUUGAGGCCGCGCUGGACUACAUCAGUAAAAUGGGCUACCUGGACCCUCGCACAGAGCUGAUAGUCAGGGUCAUCAAACAGACCUCCCCAGGUAAAGGGGGAAUGCCGAGCUCCAUGGACCACCGGCCCCCCAUGGAGGGGUCGGGGGAGGUGGUGCCCAUGCCCCCUUACCACCAGAUGGGGGCCCCCAUGUACGAGGGCCCUGCGUCCUACGGCCCCGAGGGGGACCUGCCCCGGCCCUACAUGGGAGCCCCGCCCGUCAUGAACUACAUGAUGCCCCCGUCCCCACAGGGCCCCAUGGGGCGGCCCCCCAGCAUGGGCUCCUACCCCUCCGCCAUGCCCGGCCCCAACCCCCCGGGCAGCGGCCUGUACCCUCCUGGGGCCCCCCAGAAGGGGUACCCCGGAGCCCUCGAGCAACACGGGCCCCUGAUCAGCUACAACAUCCCCGGCCAGCCGCUGCAGCUCGCGCCGCCGCCAGCAGGGGGCCCCGGGCCGGGCCCCCACUACGACUACGGCCCCCCCCGGCCCCACAUGAUGGAGCAGGGAGGGUACGGCGUGAAGCGCAGCGCGUCCUUCCAGAACAAGAUGGCCCCGCCCGAUGGCUAUGUGGGCAUGCAGGGAAAGGGCCUGUACCUGCCCCCCCACGCCCACCCCCGCCAGCCCAGCCCCACGUCCCACCAGGUCCACAUCAUGUCCCGCUCCCCAGGGGCCGGCCCCUCCGUCCUGGGGCCCGACUUCCCCGACAUCCCCCCGGGCCUGAUGACCCCAUCCAGGGCCAGCCUCAACCUGGACCUCUACGACCACCACUGGGGGUCCGAGGGGGCCCCGCCUCCCAGGCAGCCCCAGUCCCAGGGGCCCUUCAGAGGGGAGGUCCGGGUCCCGAGCCGGACCAAUUCAUUCAACAGCCGCUCGGCCGGCCCUAUCACCGCCCGGCCCCCCAUGGCCCCGCCCCCCACCGACCCCUCCCUCGGGCCCCCCAACACCAUCACCGCCGUCACCUCGCCGCCCAUCCAGCAGCCCGUCAAGAGCAUCCGCGUGUUGCGCCCGGAGCCCAAGACGGCCGUGGGGCCCUGCCACCCCGCCUGGAUGGUGGCCCAGGGGCCGGAGGGGAGCGAGGCCCUGGGGUACGUCCCAGAGGAGUCGUACUCCCUGGAGCCGGCCCAGGACACCCCCCGCUGCCCGCCUCCCCCCUACCCCAAGACCCUGGACGGGCCGGGGGCGAUGUGUGGCCCCGGGGAGCCGCUCCCCGCCUCCAGGGCCGUGCACGGUGGGGGCGCGGGCAGCGGGGGAAGCGGGGGGAAGGCGGAGGAGAGUCACGGCAAGGAGAAGGCCAAGGCGGGGAAGGCGGAGAAGGCGCUCAAGGACAAGAAGCAGAUCCAGACGUCCCCGGUGCCGGUGAGGAAGAACGGCCGCGACGAGGAGAAGAGGGAGUCCCGCAUCAAGAGCUACUCUCCCUUCGCCUUCAAGUUCUACAUGGAGCAACACAUCGAGAACGUGAUGAAGACCUACCAGCAGAAGCUGAACCGACGCCUGCAGCUGGAGCAGGAGAUGUCCAAGGCCGGCCUAUCAGAGGCUGAGCAGGAGCAGAUGAGGAAGAUGCUGAACCAGAAGGAGUCCAACUACAACCGUCUCCGGCGAGCCAAGAUGGACAAGUCGAUGUUUGUGAAGAUCAAGACACUGGGCAUCGGUGCGUUCGGGGAGGUGUGUCUGACUCGCAAGGUGGACACCAGCGCCCUAUACGCCAUGAAGACCCUGCGCAAGAAGGACGUGCUCAACCGGAACCAGGUCGCGCACGUGAAGGCGGAGCGGGACAUCCUGGCGGAGGCGGACAACGAGUGGGUGGUGCGUCUGUACUACUCCUUCCAGGACCGGGACAGCCUGUACUUCGUCAUGGACUACAUCCCCGGGGGGGACAUGAUGAGCCUGCUCAUCCGCAUGGGCGUCUUCCCUGAGACCCUGGCGCGCUUCUACGUGGCGGAGCUGACGCUGGCCAUCGAGAGCGUGCACAAGAUGGGCUUCAUCCACCGCGACAUCAAGCCCGACAACAUCCUCAUCGACCUGGAUGGACACAUCAAGCUCACCGACUUCGGCCUGUGCACGGGCUUCCGCUGGACACACAACUCCAAGUACUACCAGAAGGGGAGUCACGUGCGGCAGGACAGCAUGGAGCCCAGUGACUUCUGGGACGAUGUGUCCAACUGUCGCUGUGGCGACCGCCUCAUGACCCUGGAGCAGCGGUCGACACGGCAACACCAGCGUUGUCUCGCCCACUCGUUGGUGGGCACGCCCAACUACAUCGCACCGGAGGUCCUGCUGCGCAAAGGUUACACCCAGCUGUGUGACUGGUGGAGUGUGGGCGUCAUCCUGUUUGAGAUGCUGGUGGGCCAGCCGCCGUUCCUCGCCCCCACCCCCACAGAGACCCAAAUCAAGGUGAUCAACUGGGAGAGCACGCUGCAGGUGCCCCCGCAGGUCAAGCUCAACCCCGAGUCGGUGGACAUCAUCGCCCGCCUCUGCUGCUCGGCGGAGGAGCGCCUGGGCGGGAACGGCGCCGGCGAGAUCAAAGCCCACCCCUUCUUCCACCAGACGGACUUCUCCGCCAACCUGCGGCAGCAGCCGGCGCCCUACCGGCCCAAGAUCUCCCACCCCAUGGACACCUCCAACUUCGACCCGGUGGAGGAGGAGGGCGGGCCGGGCGCGUGGAGCGACAGCGGCGACAGCGCCCGGGCGUGGGAGGCGCUCUGCCUGCCGCACGGGAAGCACCCCGAGCACGCCUUCUACGAGUUCACCUUCCGCCGCUUCUUCGACGACAAUGGAUGCCCCUUCCGCUACCCCAAGCCCCCCGAGGCCGCCCAGGCCCCGCCCAGCGAGCGGCCGGCCAAUCGCACGGGCCCGGAAGAGAGGGGGGAACACGAGGAGGAGGAGGGGGGGGAGGAGGAGGAUGACGACGAUGACGACGAUGAGGACGACGACGACGACGAGGAGGACGAUGAUGAGGAUGACGAUGAGGAGGAGGAAGGGGAGGGUUGUGAGCCGGUGUAUGUGUAGAGGCCAGCCUUUGAUUGGCUGCCCGGUUUGGUGGGCGUCUCUUAUAAUCGAUGGGUACCUUGGUCCUCUGCCAAAGCAUUUCCUCGAGGCGUGUGCGUGCGUGAGUUCCUAUCUGUAUGUGUAAGUGCACAGACAUGCAGGAGACAUGAAUCGUUGUGUUUUAAAAACACAAAGUGUGUUGCUUUGAGUGACUUGAGGUCAAGGGUUAACUCUAUGUAGUUUUGACCGAUGGGGGGAAAAGGUGCAGAAAUGGAGGGACAGAUGUGUCCUCCUUCUCCCCUACCCCCGGUUUUCCCACACAGGAAAGCGACGGACUGGAGUUUCCUGCCCUGCCAGAUUUAAUCCUGGACUCAAAUGGAUGAACACUUUGCAUGCUGGGAAACUAGACCACCAAGGUUUCCAUGAGAACGCAACAUAAGCUACAAAAACAAACGAUUGUGUUUCACAAGCACACACAUUUGUGUUUUUGGGGCUCUUUUUUUUUUAAAUACAGAGGGUGUGAACAGGUAUGGGAGAGAGGGGAGAGUUGUUGCGGGUCAUGAAUGUUAUAAAAGUGUGGGGAGGUUCGUCAACGGAUCAUUUCAGAUUGGCAUUUCUCUCACGCUUCGUCACAGUAGAACCAACUGGACAUUGCCGUGUGGUGAGAGUGAACAGGUACAACUUGCCUCGUUCCUUAAAUGCUUUCAUGACAGUUGUUCAUUUCCAAGGUCAAUAUUAUCCAGAGUUAGAAAGAGAAAAAUCGUAGACGGUUAAAAAAGCCAAAAAGUGUUUGAUGCUGAAGCUUAAAAACAGGUCGGUUCCCUCCACGUGGUGACAGUUUGGGCCGUUUGUUUACGCUUCUGAGGCUCGGCUAAGAAGACAAAGACUGUUACACUACGUUACUUUCCUCAGAGUCUACCUUAUGAUGAACCAACUUAACUCAGUGGAUCCUGUGACCAAGUCCUGACAAUGCUUCUUCUGCCAGGAAAACAACCGCACACACACACACAUACACACACACCCACAUACACACAUACACAUACACACAUACACAUACAUACAUACAUACAUACAUACAUACAUACAUACAUACAUACAUACAUACAUACAUACAUACAUACAUACAUACAUACAUACAUACAUACAUGCAUGCAUACAUACAUACAUACAUACAUACAUACACAGUAUUAUGUAAAAAUAUGCGUCGAUCAAUCAAAACAUACACACACUAUAAGUUCACAGGUCUCCAUGGCAUUGAGGGAGGUCAUGUGACAGGAAUUGAGGAGGCGGUCUUAAAAGCAACAUGUGAGAUGUAUAACUAUGUGCAAUACAGAAAAAACCUGAUCUAUACUUUUCACUUAAUAUCCUCCUUAACGUCAAGUACUGAGCGCGUUAUGUACAAAUAUAUUAGUUUAUAUAAAUAUUAUUGUUUUCCUUUCAGUUACAAUGUUCACCAUGCUGCUUAUUAUUAUGGUUAAAAUGUUAUUUACAAUAUUAUAAUUGUUAUCAUUAUUACAUUUAUACCAAUGUAUUUUUUUAUUUGUGAGUGAAGAGGGUUAGUUUAUGUGCGCUGGGUGUGGGGUGUGAUUCAGGGCGGGUGAAACCAUGUGUUUUUCUAGUUGUCUGUUGAGGUGAGUUUGUUAAGAACAUCUGUGGUGGGUUGAAACCUCCCCCCCCUGCGAUCUGGCGGGUCCUGGCCACAGGGGGCGGAGCCAGGAGUACGGAUGAUGGGGGAUGGCUAGAUGGAUGGAUGGAUGGAUGGAGAGAUGAGAUGGAAGAUUGAAUCGUUAGAAAUGGCAGCAGAAAGAUGUCUGACGGGGAUGUUUCCAUAAACAACUUAGAUUAACGCAAACAAAUAUUCACUUCCUAUCUCUUGGACACAACCAAAUAUAUAGUGACCAUGCCCUUGCAUAACAAGGCCGGUGAAUUGGAAAAGGAGAGGAAUUAUUGGGGACAUUAAUGCAGAAUCACUCCCAGUGUGUUUCAAAUAGAAAAGACCACGUCGUGCCAUGUUGUUCACAACCACCCCAAACAUCUCUGUUGCCUCCUGACAAUCAGCCCGUAACAACUCAAACCCAGUGUUUCCAACAGUAUUCUGUAACCAUGGAAACCCCUCCGAUGGCGUGGAUGGUUGAACUUAAUGGCAGGAAGAUGGUUAAUCCAGAGUGUUGUUUGUUUCGCCUGGCAGUGUACUGAAAGGUAUUUUAUUAUUUUCCUGUUUUGGUUAUUUGUUUUAUCAUUUCUAAUGUGCCUUCUAUGUUGGGCAGAACCAACAUACACCACCAUCCUAUUUCAAAACAUGUAUUUAUCCGUUGAAAGCAGAUAUUCACGGUAGUAUUCAGGCUGAGGGCUGUUACAUAUAGUCUGCUCCAGCGGGGAAGAGUUGGAGGUGGCACGGAGUGCCUUGCUCAAAGGGCAUCCUUAAGGGCUAGAGGGUUGCCUGUUGCCCUCCUCACUAGCUCCGCCCACUCACUGCCUCGACCUAUCACAGAGGUUACCUGAGAACCUGAGCGAUUGGAAAUGUUUUGGUGAUGUUUUAGUUCUCUCAAAGUUGGAGAAUGACGACCGACAAUCUUUGACUCAAAUCAAUCUGAAUGUUAGCGAGGUGUGUCCAGCUUCACAUUGUGUUGUUCUUCUUCGUGUAUCAUACAAUUUGUUUCUCCCUGAGUUUAUAUUUAUACAGAUAUACAUAUUUUUUGUAUCUUCGCGUUUUUUGGGGUUUUAAAUUCGCCUGUGCUAAUGUUAACGUGUCUACGCAGUAUUAUCGAUGAUGUGAUUUGGUCAACUAUCUCUUUUUUACAUUUAUAUGUAUUAAUCGAGGAUUUGUAAAAAAAAAAAAAAAAAAAAGCUUUCACUGUCUCAAUGUGUAAAAUAUAUGUAUAAAUUAAAUUAACCAACUUUGA